GUUUUGCAAAUUCAGUAUUCUAUAUGACUCAAAUGAAAAGUUUUAAGUCAAAAUGUUAACAAACUUUGUAUGUUUGUAGGCUUCAAGCUAGUCAAAACGAAAUAUGGAGUGAUUUAUGCAUUUCUUCACCUGAAAUGUAAUAAUGUAAUAAUUCAUAAAGUUAAAUGCAAUAUGGAUGUCUAGAGAAAUUAAGUACUACUGUCAGUGAGUUAGCCUUCACAGAUUUCAAGUUCUUCAUCACAGGUCAAAAUCAGUUAGUAAAUCAUUGUGAACUAGGAAACAUUGUACAGCUGCAUCCUUCUAAAUUAGAACUCAUUAACUGUGCUAAUAUACUACUGCAUAAACGACCAUGCCUAAGACCAUUCAGUUUGAUGAUGAGUGUCUUGAAAUUGAAUAGUUGGAUUGCUAUCCUACUGCCCAUGUCUUUAACCUCCGUCAAUUCCAAGUAUUCAUUGAUGACUUCUUCUAGAAGAUAUCACCUGAAUUCCUGCCGAGAAUCUGUAAUGUGUGAUAUUGAGCCAAAUUAGAUGUCAAGUACAUACUAACCUGGUAGCUUGAUGGCAACAGGUACACCAUGAAGUCUGAUGGUCUUAAAUGUCUGUCUGUAUUAGGUUCACAUAGUAAAUUUAGAUUCCCCAUAGUCCUCUUCAACUUAUUGAUAGCGUGUAG